GCUGGUGGCCGGGGCUUCAGGCUGGUUCCCACCAGGAUCAUGCUAGGCAUCUUCUUCCCUUGGCUGUCUGCUCCCUUCUGCUGACCAUGUCUUCACUGGGGCCACCUUCCACUUCCCUCGACAGUCCCCUUCUCUAAAAGAGCUGCAAUGGGUGGUCCAUCUCUUGGUGCUUCAGGCUUCAACUACAGAGAUCCAGAUUGGGCCCAUGAGACUGACACAAGAUCCUAUUCAGGUUUUGUUGAUCUUUGCAAAAGAAGACAACCAGAGUGAUGGGUUCUGGUGGGCUUGUGAUAGAGCUGGAUACAGGUGUAAUAUUGCUCGAACACCAGAGUCAGCACUUGAAUGCUUUCUUGAUAAGCAUCAGGAAAUAAUAGUGAUAGAUCACAGGAGCUCCCGAUACUUUGAUGCUGAGGCUAUCUGCAGAUCAAUCCGUGCUACUAAGCCAUCAGGACACACUGUAAUACUUGCUGUUGUUCCACACACACCUGCUGACCAAGAAGAGAUAUCUGUUCUACCCCUUCUCCAUGCCGGCUUUGAUAGGAGAUUUAUGGAGAAUAGCAGCAUAACUGCUUGUUACAAUGAAUUGAUUCAACUAGAACAUGGGGAAGUGCGGUCUCAAUUCAAACUACGGGCUUGUAAUUCAGUAUUUACAGCACUAGACCAGUGUCAGGAAGCUAUAGAAAUAACCAGCGAAGAUCAUGUUAUUCAGUAUGUCAAUCCAGCCUUUGAACGCAUGAUGGGGUAUCACAAGGGAGAGCUUAUAGGAAAAGAACUUACUGAACUACCAAAAAGUGAUAAAAACCGUGCAGACCUUUUAGAUACAAUCAACACAUGUAUCAAAAAAGGGAAGGAAUGGCAAGGGAUUUAUUACGCAAGAAGGAAAUCAGGAGACAGUAUUCAACAACAUGUAAAGAUAACACCUGUGAUUGGUCAAGGAGGGAAAAUUAGACAUUUUGUGUCUAUCAAGAAGCUGUGUUAUACCAAUGAAAACAAUAAGCAGCUCCACAAGAGUCAUCGUGAUGAGAAGUAUGCAGGCGACAAUUCUCAGUCAGCAUCCCACUCCUUCAGAUGCAAGAACAGGAGGAAAGACUCAACUGAUAUCAAAUCAAUAACAUCUCGAAGUAGUGAUGCCCCAAGUUUACAAAAUCGCCGAUAUUCAUCAAUGGCCAGAAUCCACUCUAUGACAAUAGAAGCUCCUAUCACAAAGGUUAUUAACAUAAUCAAUGCUGCCCAGGAGAACAGCCCUGUCACUGUAGCAGAGGCCUUGGACAGAGUUCUGGAAAUCUUACGGACAACAGAACUUUAUUCCCCCCAGCUAGGUACCAAAGAUGAAGAUCCUCACACAAGUGAUCUUGUUGGAGGUCUGAUGACUGAUGGCUUAAGAAGACUGUCAGGAAAUGAGUAUGUAUUUUCUAAGAACAUGAACCAGAGCCAUAGUCACCUUUCAGUGCCAAUUGCAAUCAACGAUGUUCCACCCUGUAUUGCACAGUUGCUUGAUAAUGAAGAAAGCUGGGACUUCAACAUUUUUGAAUUGGAGGCUGUUACAAAUAAAAGGCCAUUAGUUUAUCUAGGUUUAAAAGUUUUUACCCGGUUUGGGGUCUCUGAAUUUUUAAACUGUUCAGAAGCAACAGUACGAGCCUGGUUCCAGGUGAUUGAAGCCAACUACCACUCCUCCAAUGCAUACCAUAACUCCACACAUGCAGCAGACGUUUUACAUGCUACAGCAUUCUUCCUUGGAAAGGAAAGAGUUAAGGGAAGCCUGGACCAUUUAGACGAGGUGGCUGCACUAAUAGCUGCCACCAUUCAUGAUGUAGAUCACCCAGGACGGACUAACUCAUUCCUCUGCAAUGCAGGCAGUGAAUUAGCUGUACUUUAUAAUGACACUGCUGUAUUGGAAAGUCACCACACAGCAUUGGCAUUCCAGCUCACGGCUAAAGACAACAAGUGCAACAUUUUCAAGAAUAUUGAUAGGAACCAUUAUCGGACAUUGCGACAAGCUGUUAUUGACAUGGUUUUGGCAACGGAGAUGACAAAGCACUUUGAGCAUGUGAACAAAUUUGUGAAUAGCAUCAAUAAGUCCAUGGCAUCCGAGGAAACUAAUUCAAAUAGCGAAGGCAGCGAUUGUGAUUGUACAGCCAACGUAAAGAAUUUUCCAGAUAACCAAACACUGAUCAAGCGCAUGAUGAUUAAGUGUGCAGAUGUAGCAAAUCCAUGUCGUCCUCUAGAACUCUGCAUUGAAUGGGCUGGGAGAAUUUCGGAGGAAUAUUUUACACAGACUGAUGAAGAGAAAAGACAAGGUCUGCCUGUUGUAAUGCCAGUAUUUGAUCGUAACACCUGCAGCAUCCCAAAGUCUCAGAUAUCUUUCAUUGAUUAUUUUAUAACAGACAUGUUUGAUGCCUGGGAUGCAUUUGCACACCUACCUGUUUUAAUGCAACACUUGGCUAAUAACUACAAACACUGGAAAAUGUUAGAUGAGCUGAAGUGCAAGAGUCUCAGGCUUCCAUCAGAGAACAACAACUGACGGGAAGAAAACCAGACCUUCUGAUCUACCAGUCUCACUGUGAAUUAUUUACUAACUUAGAUACAAGGGUUGGUGUUUCCUUUAAAAUGAACGGACUGCAGCAAGGAGAAAAUAUUUUAUUCUCCACUUCUAAAUCACUCUAAAGUCUACAAAAAAUUGUUUUCAUAAAGGUACUUAUUCGGAAGCUGAAUAGACACCCUUUGGAACUAUCCUUUUGCGGCAGCACAGGUACUUCUAAAGCUAACUUCUAACCUUAUACACAUUUGUCAAAUGUAACUAGUACAGUUUUAGUUACUGACAAAACUAUACUGAGUACAAAUGGUUCUAAUACCGAAGCGUAAUGUUUGCAAGGAAAAUCAGAAUAGGUUAAACAGGACUAAAAAAGUGAAAUCCCCACAAUUUGGCAUAAAUUGCAGAAGUAUUUCAGAGAAACUCCUUUGAACUUUAGCACUGAAAAGAACCUGUGAAGUAGAGCAAAUGAAACCUCAGAAAUAGGAUAAAUAGGUAAAUACUGCUGAUUUCAGAAAGGACUGCUUUCUAACGAAUGCCUAGAACUUUACCCAGUUUGUUAUUAAACAGAUUAAAUAUAAAAUUACCUCUCUCAUGCAGCACAUUAUCAACCUACUUCUCUUUUCCCAUACAAAAUUUUGAUGUAAUAAAAUCAGUCUAGUCCAAUUAAAAUGUGUUAUGUGGGAGAUUAGGUUGGCCCAUAUUAUUGCUGCCAUUCACACUUUUCUCUGCUAUCCUGGAGAGAUUACCAUAAGAAGUGGUGUCAAAUUUUACAUAAGCCAUUGCAAUGUGGGAUUGAUCCUACAUCCUUUUAAAUAAAAUGCUGUUUGUACACAUGAUUGCUAAUAUUUUAAAUUAAUCUAAAAAUUUUAUGACACAAGGCCAUAUAUUGUAGUACGUUACAGUAAGGACCUGCAGCUUUUUAAGAGUUUCCAGGUUAUACAUUACAGCAGCAUUAUAAUUUAUAAUGCUUUUUGCCCUCCUCGUAGAAUACUGUUUUAUUAUAUGAUGUAAGAAGUAUUUCAAAAGAUGUAAAUAAGUUAAAAACUGAACAUAGUUUUUUCAUUAGUUUUAAAAUAUGAAAUUAUGCUAAAGCUUCCAAAGCACAAAUGCAUAUUUUUAUACAUCUCAUUUUAAUCACUUGCAGAACAUGAGUUCAGAUUUUAAACUAUUCUCAGAAUAUUUGGUUAAUAUAUCCUAAGAAAACUGCUGAUUUUUAACACUGUGCACUCCAGGCUGCAGUAAUGAGGUAGAUUAGAAGCUGUGACUUCAGUUAAGGAGGUAAUAAUACAUUGCUUAUCAGAAAUAAAGGACUUGGGACAAGUUAUUUAUCCCUCUUGUGCUGUAUCAGGAAGCAAACCAGGUAAAAAGAAAAUGGGCUAAAAUAGCAGUGGAAGAAAACCGACCAUGAUUGCAGUUUCCUGCAGGUAGCUUACAUAAUGUGCCAACCUUUUUUCUAUGUUUUGUACCAAGUUAUGUAAACAAAUAGAAACAUUCAUAAAAUUUACGUGCAGAGAAAUGUAUAUAAGCUAUAUUUUUGUUAGAAUUGUAAUAGAACCUUACUUUUGUCACAGCUAAGGCAGUUUGCUCUGUAUAAUAAUGCUGCAUUGUGUAUAUAUGAAGAAUGGUGUUUUUUGGUGAAGUGUCUAUAUUCAUUAUUUCUAUAUGUACCACUAUCAAGUUCUAGUUACAUUUUUUCAAUGGAUUUCUAUUCAAAUAAGUUGACCUCCAGUUUUUCUACUAUAAAAAAUUUGCUUUUCUUAUGCCUUGAUAUCAGAGCAAACCUUCUGUUAAUAACUGUACCUUGAACCAAACCUACUAAAGACUGAACUCUGAUUGCAGCUCAUGUUAGAGGAAAGGGGGAAAGACCUGUCAUGUUUUCAAAGCUCUGUCAUUUUAACUUCAUUUGUUAAACACAAUAUUAGUUGGAAAACAAACAUGUAAAGCAUUUAUUUUAAUUCACUGUUACCAAAUUUGAUACCCAUUUCAAACUCUGAUAGUAAUGUGGGAAAUGUUAUCUACACAAGGAACCUAAGAAAUAAAGCUCAUCCCUCAGUUCUGUUCAUC